AAUUCUGGAUCUCCACGUCCUUCCACAGUGGGGACAUUGGUUUCCAGGCGGGAGUUGAUCAUGGUGAGGGUUUGCCAAGCGUGCCUUCCUCUUAGCACGUUUCUCCCUCGCGCCCUGAGUUCAAGUGUCUUCAAAGCCCAGGACACCUUUGGUAAAGGCUGUUCUCCAACUGGAGCGCUUGCAGGCCAGUGUUUCCCAAUUGUCAGUGUUUAUACUACAUUUUUUUUUAGAUUUGCCUUGAGAGAGUCUUUAAACCUCUUUUGUUGACCACCAGCAUUAUGCUUUCCAUUUUAAAGUUUGGAAUAGAGGAGUUGCUUUGGAAAACAAUAGUCAGGCAUCCGCACAACAUGACCAGUCCAGCGAAGUUGAUGUUGAAGAAUCAUCGCUUUGACACUGGGGAUCUUUGCUUCUUCUAGUAAACUGGCAUUAGUUCGCCUGUCUUCCCAAGUGAUAUGUACAAUUUUUCGCUCCCCCCCAGCCUGUCAGGUCCUUUACAUAUAUUGCCACUCCCUUCCCAUUUUCUUGUUUGAUCUAUUCCUUUUGAAUAGUUUAUACUCCUCCAUUUCUACAUUUCAGUCAUGAGUCUCAUCCCACUAGGCUUCAGUUACCCCUGUUAAGUCGUAUUUAUCAUCCUGUAUUAAGAACUCCAAUUCUUCUCGCUUGUUCCCCAUACUCUGUGCAUUAGUAUAGAGUAUAGUAUAGAGACAACUGAAACCACAGAAUCACAGGACUGUAGAGUUGGAAGGGACCUUGAGGGCCAUCUAGUCCAAUCCCCUGCAGUGCAGAAAUCCUGCCCCACAGCUGUUCCUGGGUGAGGUCAAGUAUAAUCUGGGGCAGGAAGAACCAGAUCUGCAAAUAUAGGAUGGGGGACACGUGGCUUACUAGCAGGACAUGUAAAAAGGAUUUAGGGGUCUUGGUGGACCACAAGCUGAAUAUGUCAACUGAGUGAUGCAGCAGCAAAAAAAGCGAAUGUUAUUCUAGGCAGCCACAUGCACUGACCCAGAAGUCAUUCCCUCCAGCUGCUUCCUCCUUGUAGUUUCCUACCCCUUAGCAGGUUUCUGCAGCACUGCUGCAGCUUCCAACGAUCGUAUUUAAUCCAGCCCUUUGUUGAGGACUAGAAUCUUACUUUUUUUAGUUUAGUCCCUUAUGCCUUUUAUUCAGAGCUGUAGUGUGUCAUUCCAGCUUGGCUUCCUGUUUCGGAUAGCAGGGCAAACAAGCAACAGCAUUCCCUUGUGGUCCAUCCCUUCAUAGCUGGUGUUUACAGGUAGACUGCCUCUGAACCUGGGGGCUCUCUUUAUUUUAGAAAGAUGGGCAAUGUGGCAGCUGGGCGAGGAAAGGGCGCCUCCCCAAAUGGUCUGAGCACACUGCUGACCCCCCUCUCUUUUCUCCCCCCACCCCAGAGAUCCCGAGAGCAGCUGGACUUGGGCCCUGGCAUCGGAGCUCUCCCAGGAAACGCAGUCAAGCGCCGUUUCUCAGGGACGCUGUUGCUUCCGCCCCUCGUCUCCCGGCAUGUGGCAGGCGGUGACCUCAGCCGUGCCCCGGAGCCAGAACACGGCAGGGUUGUUUUCACCAUCGAGGAGACCGCCCCGGCCAGCACCGAAGGCACCAGCCUUAUGAGUUUUGACCUCGAGAAUGGCUUCUCCCCGGGACGGACCCCUCUGGACGCCCAGACCCCCCCUGGCCUGGGGCUGGUGCUGCAGGGGGCCACCCCCCACGGCCAGCGCCGCGAGUCCUUCCUCUACCGCUCGGACAGCGACUAUGACCUCUCGCCCAAGGCCAUGUCCCGCAACUCCUCGGUCGCCAACGACAUGCAUGGAGAAGACUUGAUUGUCACUCCUUUUGCACAGGUCCUGGCCAGCCUGCGGACGGUGCGCAGUAACUUCGCCAUCUUGACCCACCUGCAGGAACGCCUCAGCAGCAAGAGAGCGUCUGGAGUUCCCAACCUGCCGCCCACUUCUAAAGUCAACCUGCCAGAAGAUGCUUCUCAAAAGCUGGCCGUGGAGACCUUGGAGGAGCUGGACUGGUGCUUGGACCAGCUGGAGACAUUGCAGACGAGGCAUUCGGUCAGCGAGAUGGCCUCCAACAAGUUCAAAAGGAUGCUGAAUCGGGAACUGACCCACCUCUCCGAAACCAGCCGCUCUGGAAACCAAGUGUCGGAGUACAUCAGCAGCACUUUCUUGGACAAGCAACAUGAGGUGGAAAUCCCAACCCUGGUCCCUAAGGAGAAGGACAAAGAGAAGAAGAAGAAGAAGAAGCGGCCAAUGUCGCAGAUCAGUGGCGUGAAGAAACUGACGCACGGGUCCAGCUUCCACUGCGUGGCCGCCAUCCCUCGCUUCGGGGUCAAGACAGAGAAGGAGAGUCUGCUGGCCAGGGAACUGGAAGACGUGAACAAGUGGGGCUUAGACGUCUUCAAGAUUUCCGAGUAUUCUGGCCACCGCCCUUUGACAGUCGUCAUGUACAGCAUCUUCCAGGAAAGAGACUUGCUGAAAUCCUUCCAAAUCCCUGCCGACACCUUCAUCACCUUCAUGAUGACCUUGGAGGACCACUACCACGCGGACGUGGCCUACCACAACAACAUCCACGCGGCCGACGUGGCCCAGUCCACCCACGUCCUGCUCUCCAUGCCGGCUCUGGAGGCCGUCUUCACCGACUUGGAGAUUUUGGCCGCCAUCUUUGCCGCCGCCAUCCACGACGUCGACCACCCCGGGGUCUCCAACCAGUUCCUGAUCAACACCAAUUCGGAGCUGGCGCUGAUGUACAACGAUGCGUCGGUACUUGAGAACCACCACCUGGCCGUGGGCUUCAAGCUCCUGCAAGAGGAAAACUGCGACAUCUUCCAGAACAUCUCCAAGAAGCAAAGGCAGUCUCUUCGCAAGAUGGCCAUCGACAUGGUCCUGGCGACAGAUAUGUCCAAACACAUGAACCUUCUGGCUGAUCUGAAGACGAUGGUAGAGACCAAGAAGGUCACCAGUUUGGGGGUCUUGCUUUUGGACAACUACUCCGACCGCAUUCAGGUACUGCAGAACAUCGUUCACUGCGCAGACCUCAGCAACCCGACCAAACCCCUGGAGCUGUACCGCCAGUGGACGGACCGGAUCAUGGUGGAAUUCUUCCACCAGGGAGACCGGGAGCGGGAGAAGGGCAUGGAGAUCAGCCCCAUGUGCGACAAGCACAACGCCUCCAUAGAGAAGUCCCAGGUGGGAUUCAUCGACUACAUCGCUCACCCGCUCUGGGAAACCUGGGCUGACCUCGUCCACCCGGACGCCCAGGAGAUCUUGGACACCCUCGAAGACAACCGCGAAUGGUACCAGAGUAUGAUCCCGCACAGCCCCCCACCGCCCCCCGAUGGGCUGGCGUCCGAGAAAGGAGCCCCUGACAAAUUCCAGUUCCAGCUCACACUGGAAGAGGAAGACGGAGAGGAGUCGGGUGCCGAGAGCCCCCUGGAAGAAGACCACAGCGAGGCGAAAACCCCAGGGACCACCGAUGACUCAGAGUCGGCCCCUGAGCCUCUGUCGUCCCCCAUGGACAAGCAGGGCAGCCCCCCAAGGAACGUCCUGGCGAUGCAGAACUUUGAUAACCAGAGGACACUCUUGCAGAAUGACGGGGGCUCGGCCACGGGGGCCACCACCAAAAGGAGGACAAGCGAGGCCGGUCUUGAUCAAGAAGGGAAUAUCACCUUCCUGCCCCUUGGGACGUAAUGGGGGAAGAGGGGUUGGGGAAAAGGCACUGUUGUCGCUCCAUCUUGGCGGCGUCACGGGGUGGGUGGGUCUUGAAAGGCCUCUCCGCCACCGGAAAAAGGUCCGCCAUGGUGGUUUCCUUGCCCUCUUCCCAGGAAAACUGUGGAAGAACGCCAACGCUGGGCAUGUGCCCAGGGGCAGAAGGGCACGCCUCGCCCCUCCUGUCUUCCUCCCACCAUUUUCCACCCUGGGUUGUGCCACAAGCCCAGCCGUGGGGAGAAAUCUUCCCCCUUCCUCCUGGGACCUGCAUGGUUCCAGUGGAGACCGAGCCCACGGGAGAAGAGGAUCCAUGGGCGACCGCCAGCUUUGUGGGCAGAGGGUCACAAGUUCUGUCCCUGACAACUCCUGUUUUUUUGUGGUUUUUUUAAUGAUUUUGGGUAACCUCAACAGGCUGAGAAAAGGCCUUUUCCCCCAUCUGUGAGACUGACUUUGAGGAUCCAUUGGGGGUCUGUCUAAAUGCAUAUGAACCGCCCGACUUGCAUUCUCUCCAAAUGUUGAUUUCACUGGUGGGGUGGCAGAGCUUGGGCUGUGCAUGGCCCAGGUUCGAAUCCCGCUUCUUGGUCCAGGUUCGAAUCCCACUUCGGCUUGAGACCUUGCGUGCGACGUGAGGAUGGAUGGGUGAGUUGCACUGGACUUGAAAAGGCCCCUUUGGGUGUUGCUUCUGCAAGCAGAGGGCUGUGCAGAGAGAAAGCACCCAACGCCACUCUCCCCAGCAGAAGCAAACCAGUAUCCCUCCAGUGACCCGAGAAAUUAUCCAGUUAUUGCUCUUCACCCAACAGGCUCCCCCAGGGAGAUUCACCUCCUUUCUCUUCUCCCUUUCUAAGUCUCCUCCUGGAACCUGCAGGAAUCCAGGCCUUGCUCCACGUUUUCUCGCCCCCAAUAUCCGCACUGGAAACAAACUUCGGCAGGCUAACGUCCCGCGCUGUCUUUUCUCCUCGAUGGAAAUAUUUAUAGACAGCUAUUUUUAAAAAAGAAGAAGAAAUCUGCCAUGUUUUUUUCUCUUCAAGGCACUGCUUCGGAAUGAAAACACCCCGUACAUUUCCUCCCCCACCUUCUCCAUUUUCCAUUUUCCCCUUUUGCAGUGUCCCCCCCUCCCAGAAAGGGCAGAACGGAUAUAAAUACUUUCAGGAUUUGGGAAGAGAUGAAGCUGGGUAUUUUUAAAAGGAGGUCGGGGUUGGGUAUGUUCUCGGGAACAAAAUAGGAAGUGAAUAAGUCAUCCAGGGGGGUGUAUGUGAGGGGGAGAGACCCUGCGGGGUUAAUUCAUCUUUAGAGCAGACCCCUUAAGACUCUAAGAAUCUUAUAUACAGUGGUACCUUGGUUCUCAAACUGAAUCCGUUCUGGAAGUCCGUUCCAAAACCAAAGCGUUCCGAAACCAAGGCGCGCUUUCCCAUAGGAAGUCAUGCAAAAUGGAUUAAUCCGUUCCAGACUUUUAAAAGCAACUCCUAAAACUGCAAUUUAAUGUGAAUUUUACUAUCUAAUGAGACCAUUGAUCGAUUAAACAAAAGCAACCACCAAUGCACUGUGCUACAAAAUAAAUAAGACAGUAUUGUAGAUGCUAAUUUCUUUUUAAAAUCUUGGCUGCACUGAUGAUAGUCAUUGUUUGGAUGAGGGGCUUUUAUCCAUUUCUGCAGUCACACAAUCAAUCCAUCAGUAGCUGAACUGGGUUCCGCACAGUCACAAAAACAAAUGAACAGGAAAAAGCCUCAAAAACAAAAACGCAAAAUAAGGAGCAAAAAACAAAGCGCCAAACUUAAUCCAUUCGGGAAGUCUGUUUGACUUCUGAAAUGUUUGAAAACCAAGGCAUGGCUUCUGAUGGGUGCAGGCACCCCAGAAACAAUAGCCGACAGCUGCAUUGGACGAUCGGCUUCCGAAAAAUGUUCAAAAACCGGAUCACUCACUUCCAGGUUUUCGGCAUUUGGGAACCAAGGCGUUUGAGUACCAAGGUACCACUGUACAAGCAAGGAAAUUGGGAUGGGAGGAGUCCCCAAGCCACAGCAAACGAGGCUACCACCUUUAAUUUAUUAGAUGAGUAUAUAUUUUAUGGAGCUUUUGUAGCCUUAAGUUUUAACAAUAAUAACCUGGAAGUGUUGAAUUUGAAGUGUGCUAACCCUCACAACCAGUCCGCUCACCCCUGUUUCGUUGUCCGAUACUGAUAUUACUGUGACUUGCGUUCAGAAACACUGCAUUAUGUGUGUGUAUAUAAUAUUUUUUUUCCACAUGGCACUUUGAGUUUCCUGACCGGCCGCUGAGCCCUUGGCUGGGAACGGCACCUUGUUUUUCUACGGCACCUUGUCUCCCCCAGUAUAAUUUCCAUGUAAAAAAACCAAAUGCUGAUUUAUUUUAUUUUAUAUAUAUUUUUAAAAUCAUGCUAUAAAGCUACAGCACUUGAAACCUAA